AUGGUUCUGAAACUGCUGAAUCUGACCCUGAAUCUGACCCUGCCUUCUACCACCAUGUCUGAACACUACGUGUACCUCAGCAUCUACACACCUGCCCAUACCCACAAGGGCUCCAACCUGCCUGUGAUGGUAUGGAUCCAUGGUGUUGGGCUUCUGACGGGCAUGGCCUCCAUGUAUAAACGCCUCUCUGGCAGCCUGAUAGUCAUUAUCCAGUACCGCCUGGGUGUGCUGGCCUUCUUCUCAGCAUGGGGUAAGCAUGCAACCGGCAACUGGGGCUACGUGGGCCAAGGGGCUGUGCUAUGUUGGGUUCAGCAGAAUAUCCCCUACUUUGGAGGCGACCCUGGCCGUGUCACCAUUUUUUGUCAAAUCCGCGUGGCAUAACUGUCCUCUCACCUUAUGUCCCUCAUGUCCCAAGGACCCUUCCACUGUGCCAUCGUGGAGAGUGGGAUAGUCCUGAUGUUCAGCUUUAUCACCAGCUCAUCUGAUGUGGACUCCACAAUGGCAGCCAACUGGUCAGCCUGUGGCGAGUUGGCCCUGGUGGACUGCAUGCAGAGCAAGAGUGAAGAGAAGAUUCUGGCCAUCAGCAAGAUCAUCCCCAACGUGAUGGAUGGGACCUUCCUGCCCAGGCAACCCCAAGAGCUGCUGGCCUCUGCUGACUUUCAACCUGUCCCCAAUCUCAGUGGUGUCAACAACGACGAGUACAGUUGGCUCAACCCCUCAGUGAGGCCAAGCCCAAUGCCCUAGAAGGAAAUGGACAGAGAGACCAUGAAAGCUGUUCUACAGAAAAUAUUAGCAAUGAUGAUGUUGCCUCCUGAGUUUGGUAACCUGUUGAUGGAGGAGUACAUGGGAGACAGUAGAGAACCCACACACACACAAGCUCAGUUUCAUGAGAUGAUGGGGGACUCCAUCUUUGUGAUCCCUGCACUCCAAGUAGCAAAUAUUCAACCUCCCGCAGCGCCGCCGCCGCCGCCGCCUCCAGACCCCAGGCUCCCGCCGCCGCCUUCCAUGCUUGGCGGACAGCUCUGGCUGCCUGGGAGCCCCGGGGGACGCGCCAUCCGGCCUCCUGCCAACUGCAGUGAUAGAUCCAGCCGCCUGGCGCGGGGCCAGAUCCCCGGGCGGACGCGAGGGCGCCUGGAGCUGAGUUGGGUGGUUGGGGCAAGCGAGAUGGGGCCUCGCUCCCUGUGA